AUGGAUUCGCAGUGGCAGCCCUACCAGGAUCCCUUAAUGGGGCAUCCCGCGCAGUUCAACAACGGGUUGACGUCUAAUCCACAACACCUAGCCUCAAAAUACGGUGCCCAGCCACAACACUCUCAGCCGCCGGUGGGAUACACCUACGAGCCUUUCCAGGCCCCCGGCACUACGGCCAAACCACCUUCGAUCGGUACAGCGUCCAGAACCGUCUCCAUGGCGUCGUCUCCAGCUGCGACGCCACGUAGUCGGGAUUAUGUCACCGAUGCGGACACCACGAUGGAGGAUGCGGAUCCGUACAACCGUGCCAAAUACUCUACGAGACCGACCCAGCACAGCCGACCUUCAUCACAAUACUUUCCAACUGAGGAGUCGUCGGCAGCUCGCAGGUAUUCUCCUAUGAAUGUCUUAUCUUCUUCCUUGUCAUUUAAUGCGAGUCCGGGGAAAUCGCAUAACUCGUAUGCUUUCCCGCCCGGGCCGAAUCAACCACGACGGUCGCCGACAAGGGGUUCAAGCUACGCCUCACCCCCCCAGGCGUUUCAAUCACCACCCUCUGCAUCACGGCCCCCUAGACUCCCCCCUCUACAGCCCGCCGAUAUGAGUUCCGACCAGUACUACCCGCCCUCUGCGGGCUCCCAACUCAAUGCGGCAUUUGCGCAAGAUGGUAGAUCGCCUCGUUCUGCAUCCAUAUCUGGGGGAAGCCAUCAGCCGGGCCGAGGCCCUAUACCAAAGUUUCAAAAAAUCAAGUCCAUCCAGGAACUCCAACCACGGAUGAAUGCGCAGCCAGCUUACAGACGCGCGAAUCCAGAGGGUGGCUUUAUUAGCCCUCUUCAAGCGUUGACGACACACCUCCCAGCGACAUACCGAAUAUGCAACCCGAAUUUCAACUAUGAGUCCUCGAGAAAUCCGAGGCGGGUCCUUACCAAGCCCAGCAAAGGCGUGAAGAAUGAUGGCUAUGACAAUGAGGAUAGUGACUACAUUCUAUAUGUCAACGACAUAUUAGGCAGUGAAGAAGCAGGCCAUAAGAAUCGUUACCUCAUCCUUGAUGUUUUGGGUCAAGGAACUUUCGGCCAGGUUGUAAAGUGUCAGAAUCUGAAAACGGGAGAAGUAGUAGCUGUGAAAGUCAUCAAGAACAAGACUGCCUACUUCAACCAGAGCAUGAUGGAGGUGUCGGUCUUAGAUCUGCUCAAUAGCAGAUAUGAUAAAAAUGACGAUCAUCAUUUGCUCCGGCUCAAAGAUACAUUUAUCCAUCGGCAGCAUCUGUGCUUGGUAUUCGAAUUGUUGAGUGUCAAUCUCUACGAGUUAAUCAAACAGAACCAAUUCCGGGGAUUGAGUACGACUUUGGUACGCGUAUUUGCACAGCAACUUCUAAACGCACUGAGCCUUCUGAACAAGGCGCAUUUGAUCCACUGCGAUCUUAAGCCUGAAAACAUCUUGUUGAAAAAUUUGGAGAGUCCCAUCAUCAAGGUCAUUGAUUUUGGGUCGGCCUGUGACGAGCGACAGACCGUCUACACGUAUAUUCAGUCCCGAUUUUACCGCUCACCAGAGGUCCUUCUUGGCUUGCCCUACUCAUCUGCGAUAGACAUGUGGUCUCUGGGAUGCAUUGUCGUCGAACUUUUCCUUGGCUUGCCAUUAUUUCCCGGGUCUUCGGAAUACAACCAGGUCUGCCGCAUUGUAGAAAUGCUUGGUCUGCCUCCAACAUGGAUGCUGGAGAUGGGCAAGCAGUCAGGUGAAUUCUUCGAGAAGACCCAGGACGAGUUCGGUCGGAAAACAUACCGGUUAAAGAGUCUGGAGCAAUAUUCUCGAGAGCACAACACAAAAGAACAGCCGAGCAAGAAGUACUUCCAAGCGUCGACGUUGGAAGAGAUUAUUCGCAGCUAUCCCAUGCCGAGGAAGAAUAUGAAGCAGGCAGAAAUUGAACGAGAAUUAAAUAACCGAGUGGCUUUCAUUGAUUUCGUUCGUGGCUUAUUGACGAUCAACCCCCUCGAGCGUUGGUCACCACAGCAAGCCAAAUUGCAUCCUUUCAUAACGCAACAGAAAUUCACGGGACCUUUUGUUCCCCCGAUGAACCUGAAGUAUUCGUCGCUGAACAAGACCGUUGCUCCUGGAAUCCAACAACAACAGCAAGCAGAAGCUGCCAGUAAACAGAGGGCAGCACAAGCAGCCCAUGCUCAAUCAGCCGCCCAGAAUGCAUAUGCUAUGCAGUUGAAUCAGUUCCAUACGCCCACACAUGCUCAGCCGCCACCGCCGCCUAUGUACAACGGCAUGUUCACUGGUCACCAACAAGGUGCCCCUCCACCAUACCCCACCCAGCCACCAGCCUACGGCCAUCAGAUGAACCUCAUACCGGGGCAGGUGCCCCAAGCACAAUACGCACCAUCCCAAAGCCUGUACGCGCAAGCGACAACUCGAGCUGGGCGGCAGCGUGCGUCCACCAUGGACCCUCAGGGGGGAGGUAUCCCACCGACAAUCCAACGUGUGGCCAGCCACCUCGACCCCAAUGCACCUAUUCGGUUGCAGCCUAGCCCGGCAUAUUAUCCACCUCCUCCAGAUGGGUAUGUCGACCCCAAUUCUGCCGGCCAAAGACGACGGGGAAGCCGUACAGGCGGGACAAGAAACCGCGACUUUAUUCGGACCCUUGAAGAUGGCGUUCUUGGGGGCGAAGGCUUUAUGGGCCAAAACCAGUGGCAUUGA